AUGUCUACUUCUGAAGACGAACUUUACCAAGAACAUAUCUUGGACCACUACGAAGACCCGUAUCAUCGGGGAUCCUGUCCCGGGGCCACGCAUGCCCACGAGGACGACAAUCCGUUGUGUGGCGACUUCGUACGCGUGGAACUCAAGAUCGACGAUGAGGGCAAGGUGAAGGAGGCCUUCUUCGAUGGCGAUGGCUGCUGCAUCAGCCAGGCCUCGGCUUCGAUGAUCACCGAGCAGUUGGAAGGCAAGACGAUCGAAGAAGUUCGCAACUUCACCGCGGAAGACAUGCUCGAACUGUUUCAGGCACGGCUCACCCCGAAUCGACAGAAGUGUUGUCUUCUUCCGUGGCGGGUUUGGCAAAGCGCGAUCUUCUCGCCCAGCAACGUGGGGAGCGGCAACGGCCGCAUUUACGAUGGCAACUACACAAGGAUUGCCGAAGCUAUGACCACAGCCGAGCCCGUCACGCAGCUCGAUCCCGAAGCGUUGCGUCCCGACUUCCCGAUCUUGAAGACCCGACUGCACGAGAACGCGGUCCCGCUGGUCUACCUGGACAACGCCGCCUCGACGCAACGACCCAAGGCGGUGAUUCAGUCGCUUGUGGAUGUUUACGAGAAACAGUAUUCCAACGUCCAUCGCGGCAUCCACUGGCUCAGCGACCAGAGCACCGACCUGUAUGAAGAGUCGCGCGAGAAGGUGCGGCAGUUCAUCAAUGCUCCGGCUCGCGAAAGUGUGAUCUUCACGCACGGCACCACCGAAAGCAUCAACCUGGUCGCGCGGAGUUGGGGCGAUGCGAAUCUGAAGCCGGGCGACGAGAUCCUGCUCACCGAGAUGGAACAUCACUCGAACAUCGUUCCCUGGCAACAAACGGCCGAACGCACCGGUGCCAAGGUACGCUUUCUCCCCAUCACUGACGAUGGACUGCUCGACCUCGAGAAGCUCGACGAGUUUCUGACCGAGCGAACCAAGCUGUUCGCCGUAGCUUCGAUCUCCAACGUGCUGGGUACGAAAAACCCAAUCAAACGGCUCGUCGAGCGAGCCCAUCAGGUCGGCGCCGUGGUUUUGGUCGACGCGGCCCAAAGUGUUCCGCACGCACCGACCGACGUGCAAGACUGGGGAGCCGACUUCGUAGCGUUCAGCGGACACAAGAUGAUGGGCCCCUCCGGCGUCGGCGUAUUAUGGGGUCGCGCAGAACUGCUGGAAGGCAUGCCGCCGUUUAUGGGUGGCGGCAGUAUGAUCCGUCGGGUGCGAACCGAUGGAUUCGAGCCGGCCGAUCUACCUGCGAAGUUCGAAGCCGGCACGCCGCCCAUCGUGCCUGCCAUCGGAUUGGGUGCGGCCAUCGAUUAUUUGCACAAGGUCGGGCUCGAAGCCAUUGCCCAGCACGAGCACCAACUGGUUGAGCGCGCCCAUCGCGGUUUGGAAGCCAUGGGGGGCAUUCGCUUCCUUGGCCCCAGUCCGGAGCACAAAGCCGGCAUCGUCAGCUUCACGAUCGAGGGCAUUCACUCCCACGACGUCGCUCAACUGCUCGAUCGCUACGGUGUAGCCGUGAGGGCCGGGCACCACUGCGCAAUGCCACUACACCGAAGGCUCAAGAUUUCGGCCAGUAGUCGGGCAAGCUUCUAUCUGUACAACACCGCAGCCGAAGUCGACAUCUUCCUCGACGCUUUGCAGGAAGCAAGAAACGUCUUCCGCCGUAAGUAG